AUGCGCUCCAUCUUCCACCUCGCCUUCCACGUCCGCGACCUCGCCGCCUCGCGCGCCUUCUACAAGGGCGUGCUCGGGUGCAAGGAGGGCCGCUCGACCGAGACCUGGGUCGACUUUGACUUUUUCGGCCACCAGAUCUCCCUGCACCUUGGCGAGCCCUUCAAGACCACCAACACCGGCAAGGUCGGCGACCACAUGGUGCCCAUGCCUCACCUGGGCGCCGUCCUCGAGUACCCCGACUGGCGCGCGCUCGCCGACCGCCUCGAGGCGGCCAAGACAGAAUUUGUCAUGGAGCCCCAGGUGCGCUUCGAGGGCCAGCCCGGCCAGCAGUGGACCAUGUUCUUCCGCGACCCCUCGGGCAACCCCAUCGAGAUCAAGGGCUUCACCAGCCUCGAUACCGUCUACGACGCUUAA